GACCACUCUGAAACCAUGAGUCUCUCUGCCAAGGACAAAGCUGCCAUCAAAGCCUUCUGGGACAAGAUCUCCCCAAAGGCUGAGGAAAUCGGUAGCCAAGCUCUGUACAGGAUGCUGACUGUUUAUCCUCAGACCAAAACCUACUUUACCCAUUGGACGGACAUGAGCUUCAACUCUGCUCAGUUGAAGAAGCACGGAAAGACUGUAAUGUCUGGUGUGGAAGUGGCUGUCAACAAAAUCGAUGAUCUGACCAGCGGGAUGCUCAGCCUAAGCGAGCUGCACGCUUACCAGCUGCGUGUUGAUCCAGCCAACUUCAAGAUCCUCUCACACAAUUUGCUUGUGGUUCUGGCCAUCCUGUUCCCCACUGACUUUACUCCUGAUGUACACGUGUCUAUGGAUAAGUUUCUUGCUGCAGUGUCCCUGGCCCUCUCCGAGAAGUACAGAUAAACCCCUCUGCAGAGACCAGAACAGAGACCACCACACGCACAAUCUCUUUCUCAGAGCUUGUAAAUGUCCCAGAAUGCUUUGAAUAAAAGUUUUACUCAACUACAUUUUGUACAAACAAAAUAAAGAAGGUCUAAUGAAAAACA